CAUGUGAAGCAGGGCCGAGUCAGCGCGGAGCCGCCGCGGCCUCUCCUCUCCCUCUCUCCCCCCCCAAUCCAACGCCAUCCGCUCGGAUAGAGGCCGCCAAAGCCGCCCGUCUUUGCAGCGCACCCCGGGCCGCGCACACCAAACUGUCACCAUGUACGACCCGGACGAAGAAAUGCAAUAUGAUGAAGAAGAUGAUGAAAUCACCCCAGAUUUGUGGCAGGAGGCAUGCUGGAUUGUUAUCAGCUCGUACUUUGAUGAGAAAGGUCUGGUACGACAGCAGUUGGAUUCAUUUGAUGAAUUCAUACAGAUGUCAGUGCAGAGAAUUGUGGAAGAUGCACCUCCAAUAGACCUCCAAGCUGAAGCUCAGCACACCUCUGGAGAAGUGGAAGAACCACCCCGUUUUUUAUUGAAGUUUGAACAGAUCUACUUGUCAAAGCCAACACAUUGGGAAAGAGAUGGUGCACCAUCACCAAUGAUGCCAAAUGAAGCUCGACUGCGAAACCUUACGUAUUCGGCUCCGCUUUAUGUAGAUAUAACCAAGACUGUAAUUAAAGAGGGUGAAGAACAAAUGCAAACGCAGCACCAAAAGACAUUUAUAGGAAAGAUUCCUAUUAUGCUUCGAUCUACCUAUUGUCUUCUAAGUGGUCUGACCGAUCGUGAUCUCUGUGAAUUGAAUGAAUGCCCACUGGACCCUGGUGGCUAUUUCAUCAUCAAUGGAUCAGAAAAGGUUCUGAUUGCACAGGAAAAGAUGGCAACAAAUACAGUGUAUGUGUUUGCAAAGAAAGACUCUAAAUAUGCAUACACAGGAGAGUGUCGAUCAUGUCUGGAGAAUUCUUCACGCCCUACAAGUACCAUUUGGGUCAGCAUGCUGGCAAGAGGCGGACAGGGUGUGAGGAAAAGUGCAAUUGGUCAACGAAUUGUGGCCACCCUGCCAUAUAUCAGACAGGAAGUUCCCAUCAUCAUUGUGUUCCGUGCCUUGGGUUUUGUGUCUGACAGAGACAUUCUCGAGCACAUUAUAUAUGAUUUUGAUGACCCUGAAAUGAUGGAAAUGGUGAAACCUUCACUGGACGAAGCUUUUGUUAUCCAGGAACAGAAUGUGGCGCUGAACUUCAUUGGUUCAAGAGGCGCAAAACCUGGUGUAACAAAAGAAAAGAGAAUUAAAUAUGCAAAGGAAAUUCUGCAGAAGGAGGUGCUGCCACACGUUGGUGUCAGUGACUUUUGUGAGACGAAGAAAGCUUAUUUCUUGGGGUAUAUGGUCCACAGAUUGCUGUUAGCGGCGCUUGGACGAAGAGAACUGGAUGACAGGGAUCAUUAUGGUAACAAAAGAUUGGAUCUGGCUGGACCACUGCUUGCUUUUCUGUUUAGAGGAAUGUUUAAGAAUCUGCUGAAGGAAGUACGGAUCUACUCCCAAAAGUUCAUAGAUCGAGGGAAAGACUUUAACUUGGAAUUAGCAAUUAAAACACGGAUCAUUUCUGAUGGACUUAAAUAUUCAUUAGCUACAGGAAACUGGGGUGAUCAAAAAAAGGCUCAUCAAGCCAGAGCUGGUGUAUCCCAGGUGUUGAAUCGAUUGACCUUUGCUUCAACCCUUUCUCAUCUUCGUCGACUUAACUCUCCUAUUGGAAGAGAUGGCAAACUAGCGAAACCCCGACAGUUGCACAAUACCUUGUGGGGUAUGAUUUGCCCUGCUGAGACCCCAGAGGGUCAUGCUGUAGGACUAGUGAAGAAUCUGGCAUUGAUGGCCUAUAUUUCUGUAGGAUCUCAGCCCUCACCCAUCUUGGAAUUCUUGGAAGAGUGGAGUAUGGAAAAUCUUGAAGAAAUCUCUCCUGCUGCUAUUGCUGAUGCUACAAAGAUUUUUGUCAAUGGUUGUUGGGUGGGAAUUCAUAAAGAUCCAGACCAGCUGAUGAACACACUGAGAAAGCUUAGGCGUCAGAUGGACAUCAUUGUAUCAGAGGUGUCCAUGGUAAGAGACAUCCGAGAGCGUGAAAUUCGAAUCUAUACGGAUGCUGGCCGAAUUUGUCGUCCGCUUUUGAUUGUUGAAAAGCAGAAACUGUUGCUAAAGAAAAGACACAUUGACCAAUUGAAAGAACGAGAAUAUAACAACUAUAGUUGGCAGGAUCUUGUAGCUAGUGGUGUGGUGGAGUACAUUGAUACAUUGGAAGAGGAGACUGUGAUGCUCGCCAUGACACCUGAUGACCUGCAAGAAAAGGGAGUUGCUUAUUGUUCCACAUAUUCCCAUUGUGAGAUUCACCCUUCUAUGAUUCUUGGUGUUUGUGCAUCAAUUAUUCCAUUCCCUGACCACAAUCAGUCUCCUAGAAACACAUACCAGUCUGCUAUGGGUAAACAAGCCAUGGGAGUUUAUAUUACAAACUUUCAUGUUCGUAUGGAUACCCUAGCACAUGUGUUGUACUACCCACAAAAGCCUCUUGUUACCACACGCUCAAUGGAAUACCUGCGAUUCAGAGAGUUGCCAGCAGGUAUAAACUCCAUAGUAGCAAUUGCUUCAUAUACUGGUUACAAUCAAGAGGAUUCUGUCAUUAUGAACCGUUCUGCAGUGGAUAGAGGCUAUUUCAGGUCUGUGUUCUACCGUUCAUACAAAGAGCAAGAAUCCAAGAAGGGAUAUGACCAGGAAGAAGUUUUUGAGAGACCAUCACGGGAAACGUGCCAGGGAAUGAGACAUGCUAUAUAUGAAAAGCUUGAUGAAGAUGGUUUAAUAGCACCGGGUGUACGUGUGUCAGGAGACGAUGUAAUCAUUGGUAAAACAGUGACACUCCCAGAAAGUGAUGAUGACCUGGAGAGCAUAAACAGACGCUACACCAAGCGAGACUGCAGCACAUUUCUGAGAACCAGUGAGACUGGCAUUGUGGAUCAGGUCAUGGUGACACUAAACCAAGAGGGAUACAAGUUUUGCAAAAUUAGGGUUCGCUCUGUCCGAAUUCCCCAGAUCGGGGAUAAAUUUGCCAGUCGACAUGGGCAGAAGGGUACAUGUGGUAUUCAGUACAGACAAGAGGAUAUGCCAUUUACAUGUGAAGGUAUUACUCCGGAUAUCAUCAUCAAUCCACAUGCCAUUCCUUCUCGAAUGACAAUCGGUCACUUGAUUGAAUGUCUCCAAGGGAAGGUGUCGGCAAAUAAGGGUGAAAUUGGCGAUGCCACCCCAUUCAACGAUGCAGUCAAUGUACAGAAGAUUUCUAAUUUAUUGUCUGAAUACGGAUACCAUCUGCGGGGCAACGAGGUAUUAUACAAUGGAUUUACAGGUCGUAAACUCACAUCCCAGAUCUUUAUUGGUCCCACGUACUACCAGCGUCUCAAGCACAUGGUAGAUGACAAAAUUCAUUCUCGUGCUCGAGGACCUGUUCAGAUCCUUAACAGGCAGCCUAUGGAAGGAAGAUCUCGUGAUGGUGGUUUACGUUUUGGUGAGAUGGAAAGAGACUGUCAGAUUGCUCAUGGUGCAGCCCAGUUUUUGAGAGAGAGGUUGUUUGAGGUUUCUGAUCCUUACCAAGUGCACGUGUGUAAUCUUUGUGGGCUAAUGGCUAUUGCUAACACCAGGACACAUACCUAUGAAUGCAGAGGAUGUCGAAACAAAACUCAGAUUUCAUUAGUUCGGAUGCCUUAUGCCUGUAAGCUUCUCUUCCAAGAGUUGAUGUCGAUGAGCAUUGCACCACGGAUGAUGAUUUCAUGAUGCAUGAGAUCCUGUGUUCAGACCUGUUAACUUUGGGGAAAUAUUCAGUUACCUAAACUGCAAGAAGAUUGUGUGACUGGGUGCUUCAGUUUCUGUGUAUCCUGGAGAAUGAAGGCAUUGUUUGUACAUACAAGGUGUGGUCCGUUUUGCCAUCUUUAGUCUGACAUAACACUUUUGUAACGUUUGUUCUCAUUGAUGAAGUAUGAAUCUUUUAUACUUAUCGGCUGUGUAACUAGAUUGUUGUAAAAAGAAAGGAGUUUUGUGUAUUACGUUUCAUGAGAUUUAAUAAAGACGAAUUCUUGAUUUUUUAAA